GUAGGGUUUAUCUACGUUGCCAUGACACACUGUCUGAUGUCUCCCGGGACGAUAUAACCACAACGUCUACUUGAGUCUAAAAAGUUGUCAAGUUCUUGGCCUCACACCCUGAAAGUGGAGUUUGAGGGAUCAGCGAUGGAUCUUCAUCAAUAAGUGUUGCUUACUCCACAGUGAUCAUAAAGUUGAUUCACUGUAUAGUUCUGAAUGUUUCAUUGCCAUGGGAUGACUGGAUAGGGAAACUCUGUUUGGUGAAAUGUCCUGCGCAGAGGAAAUAUCUUGAACUAAAUCUAACAGCAGCUACAGUUGACUCUUUCACUGUCCUCACGUCAGAUCAGUCACACAGCUAUGGGCUUCUGUUCGCCUGUGUGCAAGGUUUUUAGGAGGGGGAAAUAUAUUUUGCUCUUCCUCAUCUCGCUGUCCGUGCUGGCAUGGAUUGCACAUUUGUCCGGUGAAACCAUAAAGGAUGCUCCGGUUUCAUUUGCCACGCCGCAAGCUCUUGUCAAAGGAGACAGUCUGAGGGAGAAACUGAAUGCUUUGGCAGCAACCCCCGAUCGCUUGAUCACUCCAGCACCAAAAGAAGAAUGCCCUCAGGAGUCUCCACUGCUACAGGGAGCUUUGAAGCUGUCCUUUGAAUCCUCUCUGAAACUGAAGGACGUGGAGAGCGAUAACAAAGCAGUGAUUGAAGGCGAGUACGAGCCCUCGGACUGUACAGCGAGGCAGAGCGUGGCGAUCCUCAUCCCUCAUCGCGGCAGAGAGAAACACCUCCUCUACCUCCUGCACCACCUGCACCCCUUUCUGCAGAGGCAGCAGCUACACUACGCCAUUUACAUCAUCCAGCAGGCUGGAGAUGUAACUUUUAAUCGUGCCAAGUUACUCAAUGUCGGGUAUUUGGAGGCGCUGAAGGACUACAGUUGGGACUGCUUCAUCUUCCAUGACGUGGACCUGGUUCCUGAAAACGAUCACAAUGUAUACGUCUGUGACAAGCAGCCCAAACACUUGGUGGUGGGCCGGAACGCCACAGGAUACAAGCUGCGUUACAAAGGCUACUUUGGAGGAGUCACAGCUAUGAACAAAGAGCAGUUUUUCCAAGUGAAUGGAUUCUCAAACAAUUACUGGGGCUGGGGCGGAGAAGAUGAUGACCUCCGCGUCAGGGUGGAGCUGCAGAAAAUGAAGAUUGUGCGCCCCCCCGCUGAUAUAGCUCGCUACACCAUGGUGUUUCACAAACGGGACAGUGGCAACAAAAUAAACAAAGACCGAAUGAGAUUGUUAGGACGUACGCCGCUGGUUUGGAGAAAGGACGGACUUAACAGCUGCACAUAUAAGACAAUGUCCUUGGAGAGGCUCCCUCUAUAUGUGAAUGUUACCGUGGACAUUGGUAAGCCUCUGAGUUGAGAUUUCAAACAGGAAGCCGCGCUGUGACCAAAAAAAGAUAUUCAAGUAUAUAUUUGAUGUAGUAUGUUUAGGCCGCUCAGUGCAGAAAGUCUAUAUGUGAGUACAAGACUCCACAUGUAGCACACAAAAUACACAUUGUUUUGAUAAGUUUACAUCAUACAAUUAAAGAUCCCCUAUCAUACAGUUCCUCAUCAAUAUAUUAUAGGUCUCAAAUAUAUACAAAACAUGUCUCUGAAGUGUUUGGCUCCAAACACCAAACAGAUCAUUGCAGCAUCCCAUAAUCCCCUCUGUUUCAGCCCUGUUUCCAAAGUGCUGAUUCUCUGUCUGUUACUUUAGAUGAAAAUAAGGAGCCCCUCCCCACGCCCCUGAGAUAUUUGGUUAAAAAGAACACAAUGGUGCUCGAGGAGGAGAUAGGGGGGGGGUUACCUUGGUUGGUGUCUCUUUACACAGAGGGGACACAUGUUUAUGUAUGAGAGACAUGAAAAAGUGGAUUUUGCACAAUAGGUUACCUUUACAUUUAACAGGUUUUUUUGCACAUUUUUACAUUUCAUGCUGCAUUAUGUGUUUGAAUAUUGUUACCAGCAUGCUUAAAAAAAGUGGCCAAGAUUUGGCUUCCCUCUUGCUGCCAAACUGCCAUUCAAUUAUGCAUUAUGCGGUUGCCUACAUGACAAAAAGUACGGCAUAAAACAUGCAGAUUGUUGGUAACUGAAAACAAAUGAACUGUGUGUAUUUGGUGUGCUUCAUUCUGUUUGGCCUUUUUCUGAAGCCCCUACAGAUACAGGUGGAGUCACUCAUGUUGCCCAAUGAUGCCCUGUCUCAGGACUAUGGGAGGAACAGACUGAUUCAUUUUGGAGCUCUAUAUAGUUGCUUUUUUUACACCCUGAUCAACAAAAAUGAUUGUCUAAUUUAAAUAAGGAAUUUAUCUAAAUAUAUAUAUACUCAAAUCAUUGAUUAUAAAACACUACUUACCAAGUGUUAGAUCAUUGUUUUUGUGAACGCAUCUGCGGGGUCCAACCGAUGGGACGAUGUGAACAUAUUAAAACAAAUAUCUGAGGUUUUCAUUAUCUAAUGUUUGCUGUUAAUAUUACGGCUCUAUUUCAUAACGCGAGUGAUUACAUUACUUAGGGUAUAUAAGGAAAAGGGAAAACUCAAGUACCGCUGAAUAGCAAUAACAACAGAGGGCUGAUAAUACCAAGUCAUAUUCAAUUAUAAUACAUUAUUUUGGAAAUGACUCAUUCAUAUUGAUAUUGCUCAGCUAUGAGAAGCUUAUAAUGAGUGAAUUGAAUUUUGAAGGCGUUCUAAACGUCAACAAUAAAAUGACAUUCUUGUUCAUAUUUUAGGCCGUACACUAAGGCUUGGGAUGCCGUGUGCCAACUGGCUUUAUUUCCAGAACCUAAUAACUCCAACCCCUCUUUUGAUGAUCGAAAUGUUAUCUUGAAAAGCAUUGUUUUGAGUCCUAACGUUCAGAUUUAUUUGAAUGCACAUUAUUCAAAGAUAUAUGUUCAGUAAGCCUUUACAUGCUUGACUUUUAUGCAGAAAUAUAAUGGUGGUUGAUUCUUAUUUAUGACCUUGACAUGUGAAAAUGGUUAUUGUAGUAUUUUUUGUCCAAUCAAUAUGUGAAAAAAAUCCAGUCUAGCUUACUUAUGAUCUCAUAUCAAAUACAUUAAAUUCAAUUAUUUAGUUAAAUGAUAUUCUGACGGUAGUGUAGCUUCUGGUACGUCCAUCAAAACCUACGUCCUGUAAGACUGAGCAAUAUGACUAACUAUAGGGACGAAUGGUUAGUGCACUCGAGCCACUCCUAUUUAUUUUUUCAGAACUGUUUCAACUUCAUAAUAACUUUGAUUCCUAAGUUCACAUUUCUGAUCAACUCUUUUCAUGAGUCUACAGUAUGUUGUAGCCAUUUUGAAGCUCAUGAAUUAGAGUCAUGUUGUUAUUAGACGACUGUCUGCUCAAAUAUUGUUAAACUCAAUAGGAUUUUGUAAAUUGAUCACAACCGAGAACAUUGUGGUGGUAUUGUAGCAUCAAACAUUUUACUGACUUUAUUUACAUGUUAUAUGUAUUUUAUGAAAUUCAAAGAGAUGCCAUAUUAACUCUUUAAGAAUGUCAUUUGGACGAUUCAUUUCAAAUGUUUGUAUGUUGGUUUGAGAUGUCUGUGUUGGGAGAGAGAAAGGGAUUAUGCAUUUGACUUUUUUUAAUAGGAUUAUUUUCUUUUCUCUUUAAUAAAUAGUAUUUUACUUAUCAA